GCCACCGCCUCGUCGCUAGGGGACGCUGAAGAUGCGGCGGGGGGCGGGGGCAGGAUGGAAUCCACUAAGAAGGGGCGAGACCAGUGAGGAUUCAACUAAAGGGAGCGAGAAGGGGCGGGGACCCGGGAGGAGGAAGUGGAGUGGCCACCGAGGAAGAGGGGAGUGGUCGGGGUGGGGCACAGGAUGGUGGAGAGACUCAACAACUUUUAAUGAGCUCCCUUGGCGUCCUAGCCUAGCCCCCAGGCACUGGGAGCAUUGCAGAAAGAGAAAGAUACUGUCCCUGUCCCCUAGGUGUUUCCAGUCUAGUUGGGGAGACAAAACAAAUACACAUUAAAUAGAUAACAAACAACUCCAACUUGUAAGGCUAUAAUAGAUAUGUGUAGAGCACAUGUAUAAUGCACUGUAUUCAGGAAUUCCAAGCAGUUCGGAACGUCAUGACCCCUCAGAAGUUGACCCAGAAGCUGGUGAAGGAGGCCCAGAGAAAGAAUUUAUCACCCUGGCAAGGACCCUGGUACUUGGAAGCUUGGAGAAAGUGAUUCAGGGCUCUUACCUGCAGUGGGCAGGACUGCUGACGGCUCCCAGCUGGAUUUUCCUGCAACUGCCCUCAAUGAAGCAAGCUGUUCCACCCAAGGUUGAUGCAGGACAAAGAGGUGGGUCCAGAAGGGCUUCCCAAGUCUGAAGCUCCUCGGGGGAUGCGCCAAGGCCUCGGUUACAGCUGCACCAUCACGGCUCAGCUUCCACUGUCCAGCCCUCUGCCCUGCUCCAUGGUAGGGGUCGCUCAUGAGACCUCUCCCCAAUAAACUUGCCGCACACAGUUCUCCAUCUCUCAUCCCCCGGGGAGCCUGCCACGUGGUAGUACUCAGGCUGGAAAGGUAAAGACGAUAACGCGAGAUGUGCUCAGUGCCAGGUCUGUGGGGCAGACCUUAAGUGCAGGGGAGGAGUUGAGAGAGAAAGUGACCAUCGAAACCACCAAAAAAAUGCAGCCAUUGCACAAGAGCCUGAAGAGAGGGCUAUGCUUCCUGCACGCCGGGCCUCUCAACUGCUCUGCAUGGAAAACCGGCAUCUCAGAGGCAUCGUCAAGGUGUCCCUGGGACAUGGCCAUGGGGCCCACUCCUUGGACUGCCCCAAAUGCGCUCCCUUCAGUCUGGGGUCUCGCUCUGUCGCCCAGGCUGGAGUGCAGUGGCGCAGUCUUGGCUCACUACAGCCUCGACCUCUCCAGCUCAAGCCAUCCUCCCGCCUCUGUCUCCCAAAGUGCUGGGAUUACAGGGGUGAGCCACUGUGCCUGGCUUACUGCCUCAUCCUGUUCCCUGAGGUUCUAGACCUCUCGGGUGUUGUCCGGAAAGAACAGGGCCAUGUGGAUGUCAGCAAAGAGAGAGGCCGAUUGAACAGCAGGCUGUCCUCAGGCAUCGCCAAGUGACUGAUUAGGAUUGGCCACCAGGGGGUGCCAUGGAGCCACAGAGUCUAUGAAGGGACAGAAGAGGCCUUUUGGGGGACCCUGGAGGUUGAAGGUGCUGGGAGGCCCUCCUUGGCUUAGGAGGACACUUCCAAAGCUGGGGCACCCCAAGGAGGCACCAGUGGCCAGAAUGUCCAUGCAGAGCACCCACCCCCCGAAACCUGAGGCCCCACGUCUGCCACCUGGGAUCCCCGAGUCCCCGAGCUGUCAGCGGCGCCACACACUCCCCGCCAGCGAGUUUCGCUGCCUCACCCCAGAGGACGCUGUCAGCGCCUUUGAGAUCGAGCGUGAAGCCUUCAUCUCCGUCUUGGGCGUCUGCCCCCUGGACCUGGAUGAGAUCCGGCACUUCCUGACCCUAUGUCCAGAGCUGUCCCUGGGCUGGUUCGAGGAGGGCUGUCUUGUGGCCUUCAUCAUCGGCUCGCUCUGGGACAAGGAGAGACUCAUGCAGGAGUCACUGACGCUGCACAGGUCUGGGGGCCACAUAGCCCACCUGCAUGUGCUGGCCGUGCACCGCGCCUUCCGGCAGCAGGGCAGGGGCCCCAUCCUGCUGUGGCGCUACCUGCACCACCUGGGCAGCCAGCCGGCCGUGCGCCGGGCCGCGCUCAUGUGUGAGGACGCGCUGGUACCCUUCUAUGAGAGGUUCAGCUUCCACGCCGUGGGCCCCUGCGCCAUCACCGUGGGCUCCCUCACCUUCACGGAGCUCCACUGCUCCCUGCGGGACCACCCCUUCCUGCGCAGGAACAGCGGCUGCUGAACUGGGCUGCCCACCUGGCUGCCAACGUGAUCCCCAUCUCUGCCCUGGGCUCCUCUUAGCUCAGCUGAGCAUGGAGUCAGCAGUUUCCAGAGAGUGGAGAGAGCAGGGCUAAAUAAAGAGGAGAUAAGGUGGCUUCUCACGGCCUG